CGCACGCGAAAUGGCGGCUCUCUUCUCCCCGACACGCGCCCGGGGGGCGGCGGAGGGGCGCGGGGGUACCCGCGCAAAAUGGCGGUCGCGGGGUGCGGCGCGGGUCAGCUGUAGGUCUGGCUUCAUUCGUAACGCCCGGCGGUAAACGGACAGCAGCGUGUUCUAACGAGCGCCCCUCAGGGCAGAGCCAGCGCCCGGUCCUACGUCGGGACGGAGAGGCCGAGGAUGCUGGCGCACAGCAGGUGGUAUCAUUAUAACCUUACUCGACAUGCAGCAGAAGCCCUGCUUCUUUCUAAUGGGAAGGAUGGAAGCUAUCUCUUAAGGAAGAGUAACGAAAGGGAAGAUUUGUAUUCCCUCUCUGUAAGGGGAAAAGAUUCUGUGAAACAUUUUCAUGUUGAAUAUACAGGAACCUCACUCAAAUUUGGAUUUAAUGAAUUUUCCAGCUUGAAGGAAUUAGUCAUGCAUUUUGCAAAUCAACCUUUAAUUGGAAGUGAAACAGGAACCUUAAUUGUAUUGAAGCAUCCCUAUCCACACAAAGUGGAGGAGCCGUCUAUUUACGAGUCUGUCCGAGUUCACACAGCAAUGCAGACAGGAAGGACAGAAAAUGAUCUUGUUCCAAAUGCUCCCUCACUUGGAACAAAAGAAGGCUAUUUGGUAAAACAAGGCAGAAUUGUCAAGAACUGGAAGACAAGGUGGUUUACACUGCAUAGGAAUGAACUUAAAUAUUUCAAAGACCAGACAGCCACAGAACCAAUUCGGGCACUCGACUUAACUGAAUGCUCAGCAGUGCAGUUUGACUAUUCCCAAGAAAGAGUCAACUGUUUCUGCUUAGUGUUCCCACUGAGAACGUACUACCUGUGUGCAAAAACUGGAAUAGAAGCAGAUGAGUGGAUUAAAAUACUGCGAUGGAAACUGUCACAAAUACGGAAGCAAGUGGAGCAGCACAAUGCCCGCAGUUCCCAGUUGCACCCCUAAUGCUUCCACUCCAUGGGUGGGAAUUGCCUCUCAACCACAGGGAAGGCAUCUGACCCCAGGAAGACAGUUCCACGUCUCCAUUACUUGCCGAGGGCACAUGCACGUGUGUCCAGUCGCAUGCAGACGUUUGCAUGCAGCUGUGCACACAGAGGAUCCGUACAGCUGACCGACUGCUUUCAGGCUGCUGAGUCGUGUAUGGAGGCCACUGCAAAAUCACAGCGUCAGUUUGAUGUGUGCGGUUUACGUCUGCAACGCGCAAUCGUUCAGACGCCCAUUAACUAAUCACAGAAGUAGUCACUUCAAAACUGCUGUGGUUAUCCAGGGCCAUCUUGAGAACUUACUGCACGCUCCACCACAACUAACCGUUAGCAGCACAGACUGGAACACUCAGCCUGUUAUUUAAAAUUAGACCUUUCUGGAAACAUUAAAUAUUACUUUUGUAUGGCCUGUCGGGGUCUCAGCCAAAAGAAGGAUGCCAGAGCCAAUUACAUUUUUGUAAAUACUACCUAUAUUACCACCCACAGAAUUAAACCUGGGAUUUCAAGGCUCUUUUCAAGGUGAUGGAUGAGUAACACUUCCUUCUGGUCAACUAUAUUUUUGUACAGUUUAGAUUUCUAUCACAGUUAUGGCUUUGAAUGAACAUUUGUUUUAAAUGGCAUGUACAGGAAAUGGUAAGCAGUGUCACAAACACGUGCUUGUUUACAAACCCGGACUGUGAAAAACAGGCAGCUAGUUCCCAGCACGUGUGCUGCUACAGGACCCUGAGGGUGGAUGACAGCUCAGCAGAAAGCUUUGCUGGUGGCGGCCACCAACAUUUUAGCAGCAUUGAGUUGGGCCCCCUAUGCUCCCUUUUGAAAACAAGCUGGAUUUUGUACUUUUUUCCCCCCAGGCAGAUAACUUGGUUUGUAAAACAAGAGGUUUUAUCCACAACUGCAUUCUAGAAUUAAGCACUGCUUGUUUUAAAUUGAACAAGAUGAGCAGCGGUAAUGGGAAAACACGAUAUACACUAAAAAACGUAUAUAUGUGCUUGUGUGUUUAAAAGAAUGCAUCUUCUACAUAAGCAAUGAAAAUUUCCAUACCCGUUUUGGAAGACUCAAGCACACGUAAGCAUUGUGGCUCACCAGAAUUCAGAAGCAAAAGCCUUAUACUUUGGAGCUAUAGUGAAAAGAGACAUUACAUUUUGGCAGCAAGUUUUGACACACUGGAGGGUCUCAAGGCCAGCCUGGUCUGGCCUCCCUUCUGACCUGCUCCUCUGGGAGAGGGGGGAGAGCAGGGAGACCCCCUCUCUCUGUAACGGGCACGUUUCUGAUGAAACACUGCUUGCAAACCUCUCCCCUGGACAAUGCACAGCAGCAGCUCAGUGUUCAGAAGAUGCCUUUACUGUGAGAAAGCUGAAGAGGAAGAGGGGAAAAACAUACUGGAAGAACAUACCAGAAGGAAAAUCCAGCUUUGGUCAGGAAUAGCAUUUUAUUUCAACUUAUAAAUUCAAAAUAUUUGUAAAUAUUUUUAUACACUGUUUUCUGAAUAAAAUGUCAUUAUAAAACUA